AUGCUCAUUGCAUUUGUCCUGGGGCUUUUCCUGAGCCUUGGCCGUGUCACUGGCUUGAACGUGAGGGGGGUGAAUCUCGACAUCUGGGAUGUAGAUGACUCGUGUAAGCCACAUCUAUCACUUCUGCGAAAAACUUUCGGUGAUGCCGCGAUCAUGUCAGCCAAAGCUUUAAAAGACCUCAAAUAUGUUCAGCAACCCCGCCCGCAACAAGACACCAAGCGAAGGGAAAGUCUUGAAUGGGGCCGCAUAGCAAGGGCCGUGAACACCAUGUUUGGCUUCAACCCAGAUGAACAAGGAACCAACUCGGAAAACAAGUUUAUGCAAAGAGUUCUUGAGGUUUACGAUAAGAUGAGUACAGCCCUACAUGGCGAUGAGAACAUACCAGCAGACGGUUUCACAAAGCUCCGCUCCAAAACACUAUUAAUUUGUGGCGAUAAACCAUGGAAAUGGUAUCGGGAAUAUGACAUUGAUCCAUAUGAUCCAAUGGGGCAACAACUGCAUAUUACUCAGCAUGAAGUAGUGGGUAAGGGGGGAGCCUGGGUAUAUAAACACAGAUAUCAUACAAACGGAAACCCUCACAGCAUUGGAAUCUGUCGUCCUGAGGUAUAUGCAGUCACCCAAGCCAAGUACGACAUGAUUACUUUCUGCGAUCUCUCUUUCACGGAAAGUACAAGAAAAGUAGUUUCACCAGUCGAUGGAAAGGACAAAGUGGUAGAGGGAGUGACAAAAUUGGAUGAUUUUGUGGGAAGUCUCUCUCGCAUCAUGGUUCAUGAACUCACUCAUUGGUAUGGGGCGAAAAGGAAUUUCGAUGACACCAUUACCGCACUUCCCGAUCAACAGGCAGUUUCGCCCAGCGGCGAGUUGGUUUUCCAGUACCGCGACCAGAACAAUAAACUAAGAGCCAUUUCAAGUUCUCAGAGACAAGGUGGAGUCCGGUAUGAGAAAGCGUUAGUGUACGGCUAUGUUAGGGCCGCAAGACUGGCUAUGAGGCACGAAGGUCAGUUUGCCAAAAAUUCAGGACCACAAAAGGCUACCGACACCGCAGAGGCAUACGCCUAUUUUGCCAUGAUGGCUUACCUGGAUAAUUUUGAUUGGUCUUCGAAUGGAAGGGCCCAGAGGAUAGAGUAG